GCCUUUGCUCUUCCAGGGCAGUAUGCUUUGGCACAUCAAGAUUUGACCAAGCUUCACCAGUUGGCUAUGCAGCAUAUCCCCUUCCCUUCCCUUGGGCAGAGCAACCCUACCUUUCCUGGAUUGGAUGUGUCCACCCCCACAAGUACACAAGAGCUGGCGAUACCUAAUGAUUUUAUCGGCUGCAUAAUUGGAAGACAAGGCAGCCGGAUCAACGAGAUUCGCCAGAUCUCUGGAGCUCACAUCAAAAUUGCCAGCGCCGCCGAUGGCUCGGCCAUGCGCCAAGUCACGAUCACGGGCCCGCCGGCCAGUAUCAGCGUGGCCCAGUACCUCAUCAACGCCAGCUUAGAGAUGGCUAAAUACACCAUGCAGGUGGCUUCCUCUGCCACCCCCAUCGACCUGAACAUGAGCUUCUCUCAGAGCGCCCCCACCACCUCCACCGCCGUCCUGGCAGCCGGCGCCGCAGCUCCCGCCACCAUUAACGUCCACUCGCCCUCCACUUUACCGACCAUCCAAAACCCGCAUUACGCCAUCCCCCUCUCCAGCCUGCUCGGCAUGAAAACGCUCCCCGUCCUGACCGUCCACCCGGCAGCCGCUUCCGGCCUGACCCAGGGUUUGUCUCCGUUCACCGGGAAGAUGCCGUCGUCUGGCGUUAAGAGGUCAGAGCGGCAGAAGUUUUCUCCGUACUGAUGAGAAGAGAAGGCCGAUAGUUUACCUGAAGUCAGCUCACUUCAUUUUCUACUUUCCUACACUGGAACAUCUCACCGAGAAUGAAGGAACGGUAAAAUCACGUCUUCUGUAAUCAGGAGAGGCAGCAGAUAUGUUCGUUUAAUUUGAUCAGCUGGACGACGCGUAGCAAUUAAUGUGGAAACUCAGGUUCAGAUUCAGGGAAAACACGAGUGAAUCGUGUUUCAGAGCUUUAAAAGAACGUCCUGUAAAUAUACUGUAGUUUUCUAUUUGUGGAACUGGUUUUUAUUAGACUUGAAGCUAAACGUGUAAGAAGUUGUGUUUUGUUGGCGGCAGGAAGUGAGACGGUUUCAUUCGACAGACGUAGAUGUGUCACAGA